AUGUCCCAGCUGGUGGAAUGUGUCCCCAACUUCUCAGAAGGGAACAAUCAGGAGGUGAUUGACACCAUCUCCCGCGCCGUGGCGCAGACCCCGGGCUGCGUGCUACUAGACGUGGAUGCCGGCCCCUCCACCAACCGCACUGUCUACACGUUCGUGGGGGCGCCUGAGGACGUGGUGGAGGGGGCCCUCAAUGCCGCCCGGGCGGCCUUCCGGCUCAUUGAUAUGAGCCAGCACAAAGGGGAGCACCCUCGGAUGGGCGCCCUGGACGUGUGCCCCUUCGUCCCUGUGAGGGGCGUCAGCAUGGACGACUGUGUGCUCUGUGCCCAGGCCUUCGGCCAGCGGCUGGCGGAGGAGCUGGGUGUGCCAGUGUACCUGUACGGGGAGGCGGCGCGGACAGCCAGUCGCCGGACCCUGCCGGCCAUCCGGGCUGGGGAGUAUGAGGCCCUCCCUGAGAAGCUCAAGCAGGCGGAGUGGGCACCCGACUUCGGCCCCAGCUCUUUCGUCCCCAGCUGGGGGGCCACUGUCACGGGGGCACGGAAGUUCCUCAUUGCGUUCAACAUCAACCUGCUCAGCACCAAGGAGCAGGCCCACCGCAUCGCCCUCAACAUUCGGGAGCAGGGCCGUGGGAAGGACAAGCCAGGACGCCUGAAAAAGGUUCAGGGCAUUGGCUGGUACCUGGAUGAGAAGAACGUGGCCCAAGUGUCCACAAAUCUCUUGGACUUUGAGGUCACAGCACUGCAUACCGUCUACGAGGAGACCUGCAGAGAAGCCCAGGAGCUGAGCCUUCCGGUGGUGGGCUCCCAGCUGGUGGGCUUGGUGCCUUUGAAGGCCCUCCUGGAUGCUGCCGCCUUCUACUGCGAGAAGGAGAACCUCUUCCUUCUGGAGGAGGAGCACCGCGUCAGGCUGGUGGUGAGCCGGCUGGGCCUGGACUCUCUGUCCCCCUUCAACCCUAAGGAGCGGAUCAUCGAGUACCUGGUCCCCGAGGGUGGGCCUGGGCAGAGCCUGGCAGACAAGCCCCUGCGUGCCUUUGUGCGUGAGGUGGGCGCCCGCUCAGCGGCCCCGGGGGGCGGCUCCGUGGCGGCAGCCUGUGCAGCCAUGGGCGCCGCGCUGGCCUCCAUGGCCGGCCUUAUGACCUACGGGCGGCGCCAGUUCGAGCACCUGGACGCGACCGUGCGGCGUCUGAUCCCGCCCUUCCACGCGGCCGUGGCCGAGCUGACCGCACUGGUGGACGCCGAUGCCCGGGCCUUCCAGGCCUACCUGGAAGCAACAAAGCUGCCCAAGAGCACCCCUGAGGAAAGGGACAGGCGUGCGGCUGCCCUGCAGGAGGGGCUGAGGAAGGCAGUCGCCGUGCCCCUGGCGCUGGCAGAGACGGUGGCCUCGCUGUGGCCGGCGCUGCAGGAGCUGGCCCUGUGUGGGAACCUGGCCUGCCGGUCGGACCUGCAGGUGGCGGCCAAGGCCCUGGAGACCGGCAUGUUUGGGGCGUAUUUCAAUGUGCUCAUCAACCUGAAGGACGUCACCGACGACGCGUUCAAGGACCAGACCCGCCAGCGCAUCUCCAGCCUCCUGCAGGAAGCCAAGACCCAGGCAGCGCUGGUGCUGGAGGGCCUGGAGGCCCGGCAGGAGUGA